GCCCCGGACCUGGCGCCCCCGAAAUUCGGCGGUUUUGCGGAAAAAACACAUUGACUUUCCUGAAGAUCAGCUUGGCAGAAAAACCCCACCACAGGUUCUAAAGAAAAAAUGCAGGAGGUUUGCGGAUAAACCCCGUCAUUUCCCCGAAAGUUUGGUCAAAACCCCAACUCCGUUUUGGGGGGAAAAACGCCAAGAUUCGGAAAAAUCGGGAGACUUGUGAGGGAAACCCGGCAAGUUCCUGAAGAAGGAGAGGCGUUAUCCCAGCAGCUGGGCUGCCGGGCGCUAGAUCCGCAUCCUUCCCCAUGGACGUGAGGCGCUGGAGGAGGCUCCCAGCUGGGAAUGUUUCUGACUGUCCCAACGGAUCCCGUUGGGUGAUGGAUUUGUUCAACGAAUGUGCCCAGGACGGUUGGGACAUCACCAGUGUCAUCCUGGGGCUGGUUUCCAUCUUCUGCUUUGCAGCUGCCUCUUUUCCGCAGUUUUACCAGGCCUGCAAAACAGGCAUCAUGGACCGGGCUCUCUCCAUCUAUUUCCUGCUGGGAUGGCUGGGUGGAGACCUCCUCAACCUCAUUGGUUCCUUCUUGGCUGAUCAGUUGCCACUGCAGGUUUACACAGCUGUUUACUACGUGCUGGCAGACCUGGUGAUGCUGUCUCUCUACUGCUACUACAAAGUGAAGAACCAGGCUGGAGGACUCUCUGCCCCCAUCAAUGCAGCCUUCGCCUUCCUUUCCUUGGGGACAGUGUCCACUGUCUCCUUCCUGGGCAGAGAUGCUGCCACAGCCCAGGACCUGGUGAUGUUUAAAGGGAGGUCUCUGCUCUCCACACACAUGGAUGGGCUUGGGUCAAAGCCCUUCAGCAGGAGGGAGGUUGUUGGCUUCACCAUCGGCUCCAUCUCCUCGGUGCUGUACCUGUGCUCCCGCCUGCCCCAGAUCUACACUAACUACAAGAGGAAAUCCACCACUGGUGUCUCCUAUUCCCUCUUUGCCCUGGUGAUGCUGGGAAAUUUGCUCUACGGCCUUAGUGUCUUGCUGAAGAACCCUGAUCCAGGGCAAGAUGAAGGUGACUAUGUUCUGCACCACCUCCCCUGGCUGGUGGGCAGCCUGGGUGUCCUUUCCCUCGAUGUGGUUAUCUCCUUCCAGUUCCUUGCUUAUCUAGGAGGAAGACCCAGCACCCAUGAAGAGAGGGAUGGUCUUCUGGGGGAGCAGAGGGACAGCCUGGAGUGUUGACCAAGGGACCUGCCCCAGAGGGACAACAGGAGGAUGCAGACAAGGAUUCUUAAUGCCUUAAUGAACCUUAAUGCUGGGGAAACUGGCCCCUCCAUCCUGGUGGCUCCUGGGAGAAGAGGACCAGAGCCAGCAGGUGACACAUUGUGCUGCUGAGACACUUAAGCCCAGCCAGGUGGCAGAGGAUGGUACUGAAAGCUUGUGCCUCUUUCAUACCAAGUGAUGCUACUGGGAUAAACUGGAAUUACUUGAUACCUCAGAAGGUUGCUCUUCACUGCUCUUACACCCCAGAGCUGAGCCCAGUCCCUCCUGCUUUACCUGCUGCCUCAGGUGACCUGGAGCUUCUCCAGGGCUGGCAAACAUCCCCCUCAGGGGAGGGGACAGAGAUGACCAACCUGCCACAAACACAAGCACCACUUACCUCUGUGGGCCUCACAUCUUCUCCUUCUGGAAGAUCUGGUGGUGACUGGCACGAGUUCAGAAGGAAGGAGCAGUGUAACCAAAGUGUUUUGGUCGACAAAUACCUAUUUUAAUCAGCACAGCUCACACGUCUAUAAAACAAGUCCUAGCCCCA